UAUUGUAAUUAUUACUCAACAUUGCAUGCCAAAAUUGUUCAACCUAGCAUUACUAAUUUUCUACAGUUCUAGAAAUCGUCAUUAAUAUUCACGUUACUAACAUGAUUUGAUUUUUGUAUGAAGUACUUCUACAGUUGAACUCUGUUGUCAUAUAGGUUUUCCAAUUAUUUAAUUAACGCAUUUCAAUUUAAUUUUCGAGCUUUCAACCAUUUAUUUAAACACGUGCUCACAACAAUGAAAUCGGAAGCGACUUUCACCGUGCCCAUUCAUAUCUUCGGAAAAUCCGGUUUCCCGUUCGUCACUCGCAGGAGAGCAAUAUUCUCUUCUCACAGCUGAGCUUUGAUUUAACCUCGCGUUGUUUACUUACGGCCCACUCACAUGUAAUAUUAUGUAUGUACCGCAGGCUUUAUCAUUUAUCGUUGGUAUCCAGCAGUGUAAUCAUAAAUGAACAUUAGCUACUAGACUAACCUCAAACUUUGAAAUCCAAUCAAAUCGGUCUACCGCGCAAUAUGAAUGAAUCAACCACGGCAACGGCGUUCGAGAGAAACAUUGCAAGAGAGAAAAGGGAAUGAACACUCUCAGCUUAUAUCUAGCAGUCGUAAAUCGCACUCGCUUCAAUUAACAUUUCAGAACUUAAGCGACCGCGGCCGGAUGAGGACUUACUGAUUGGUAAGUCCGCUAACACGGGUACCAUCAUCACGGAUACAUUGCAGAAAAGGUAUUCCAAGAACUGCUGAGUCGUCUUGAAGAUAGCAAACCAGUUUGUUAGUCAUCCAGUUGGGCGCGUAAAUUUUCGAACAUUGCUAGUAAUUUUCAUCGGUGCAAAGUGGAAUCGCAAGCAAACGGACCGGUUGUGGUUGUGUUUCGAUAGGCGAGUUUUUGGGUGGCAAUAAAAUCGCAGUUCGAGGUUACAGGCGAUUAGCAGUUUUGGGCAAUGUGUAUCUGCAUGGAAAACGUCAUUGCCAGUUGUGAAAAUCUAGUGCGGUCAAGUGGCUUCCUGUGGCAGCAGUAAAAGCGAUUAUUUAAGUGAUAAUUUCCAGUAGCGGGUGGAAGAAUUUAGUAUUAAACAUAUCAGUCUCAUUCCCUGUGGGUACUGCAAUGCAAGCAACGAGUGCCUUCUUCGUACUGUCUGUGAUAGUAGUGGUUUGCGAUGGACUGAACGUGAGCGGAACUUCGAACGCUGGACUGUUCGUUGAAACUGCAAACAAAAGUGAAGGAGCGUUUGUCCGUUACGCUAGGAUUUUCCCGGUUCUACAUCCUGAUGGUUCUUCGCUGGACGAAGAAAUUAUACCAUCAAUAAGUAGGCUAUCGAGUAUAAGCUACGUUUUGGAUGGCGUGAAUGUAACGCUUGAUUUGGUUCUCAGUGAUGGAAUUGUACCCGAGAUGCAUUUUGUUAGUUUGCAAAUUAACGGAACAGAUAAACCAAAGCGUUUAAUGGAGCACGAAAUUGAUUUGUGUCACUACCACGGAACUAUACGCGGCCAGCCAGACUCGUACGUGGCAUUGUCCGCUUGCAACGGUAUCCGUGGAAUUAUAUACGAUCAAAGUGAAACGUAUCUUCUGGAGUUUGAUGACGUCAGCCCUAAACAGCAGGAUCAUUAUGUAUACAAACCUGCUCAGAAAACGACUACAAAACGAAUCAAACGAGACCUGGAAUCAUUCCAACCAACGCUAACGGAGUCGUUUCGCGCGGCUUACCGAUCAUCGGGAUCGUCGAAUUUCGUUGAAUUGGUAAUAGUCAUCGACCGCAGUUUGUACCAAAUUACCACCAAUGUUCAACGUAUACACCGAUACUGCCUGGAUUUGGUGAAUAUUAUGAACGCCAUUUACCGACCACUCAAUAUUUACAUCGCACUCGUAGGGGUAGUGAUUUGGUCUGAGCGCAAUGCGAUCGACAUCACGCAUGACUCGAAAAAAACGCUGGCAAACUUUUUAAGUUACCGUAGAGAUACACUAAUGAAGAUGAUCCCUCAUGACAACGCUCAUCUACUGACGGCGAUUCAUUUUACAGACAGUGUAGUGGGAAAAGCGGAAAUGGGUUCCAUGUGCACAUACUCCGGAUCUGGAGGAGUAGAAGUGGUUGAUACAAACUACGUAGCCCUGCAGGCCAGUACGGUGGCACAUGAGAUGGGCCAUAACUUCAACAUGGACCACGAUGGACCCGAAUGUCAAUGUCCAAGCGGAAAUUGCGUGAUGGCUUCUAAGACAGUUCGUAGCCAAGCUGCCCCGAAAGAUUGGAGCUCAUGUAGUUUUCAAUAUUUAGAAACCGGACUGAAGCACGGUUUGGGAGCUUGUUUAAAAAACAAACCAGCCAAAAUGUUUGUGAAAAGCACCUGCGGGAAUGGUCUACUGGAGCCUGGGGAGGAAUGUGACUGCGGCCUACCGCACGUAUGCGACACAAAAUGUUGUGAUGCCAUGACCUGUCGAUUGACGAUAAACUCGACGUGUGCAACAGGUGAAUGUUGCGAUCUAGACAACUGUCAACUGAUUAGUGCUGGUCGAUCAUGCCGCGUUGCCACUGGUGAGUGUGACCUGCCUGAAUACUGCGAUGGUCAAACGGCUUUCUGUCCGAAGGAUGUUUAUUUGAGAGAUACGGAAACCUGUGCAGGAGGCAAAGCGUAUUGCUAUCAGGGACAAUGCAAAACACGUGAUAAUCAAUGCAAGGUGCUAUGGGGGUCAUCGGCCAAGUCUAUUGACGAUUAUUGUUACCAAACUAAUCGUAACGGAUCAAUUUUUGGAAACUGCGGGAACAAUUUACAAACAGAUGAGUACCUGAAGUGCAAUCAAGAGGAUAUAAUGUGUGGUUUGUUGCAUUGCAGUCAUCGGAAUGAAAAGUUAGACUAUGGAAUGCAAGCGUAUUCCAAGCUAACUACUACCAAGUUUAGUCACUACGGGCCAAGGGGAACAGUAAGGGAUACCAUUUGCAAUUCUGCCAUCAUCGAUUUAGGUUUACAAGUAACUAAUCCCGGGCUGGUCCCGGACGGAGCGAAAUGUGGCACAGGAAAGAUGUGCUGGAAGCAGCGAUGCGUGCCGUUAACAUUCUUACAAGAGAACGACAUCGGAGAGAAUUGUGCUGAGGGGUGUAAUGGUCAUGGUGUGUGUAACAGUGAAGGAAAUUGUCAUUGCGAUGAAGGCUAUGGAGGUCAGUUCUGUGGAAAAUCCGGCCCUGGAGGAUCGAUAGAUAGUGGACCUAUUCUGGAUGAGACAAAAUCAAUUAAUUCUACACUGGCUUUGUACAUCUCAUUCACUUCGUUGUUGUUCGCAGCGAUUGCUGGAUUUUUAUAUUUCUACCGCACUGUACUCGGAGAACAAUUGAGAAAAAUUCUAAUUAAGUUUAGAAUGCGAAAAUACGGGCACAUGGUACCACCAGCUUCGCCAUCAAUUGUUGCUCCCCCUAAGCCUCCCCGAUUAAUCAUUUCACCAUCUGUGAACAAUGUUAACCAUGUACCAAUAGGCACCGAGGUAGUGCCAAGACGACCAGCUCCAGCACCUCCAAGCGAACCAUCUCAACAUUUUAUCAAAGUGAACAUAAGCAACGAUGGUAAGGUUACAAUAGAAAACCAAGUGAUCAAUACACCAUUCCUAUUAAGCUCACCAUUACUGGACACUCACGAAGCAGUUCAUGAAAUCAAAUCUAAAGGAGUUCCUGCAAUUCUCGAACAGCGUUCGAUCAGUGUAGAUUCUGAAAGUCCACUGAUAGAUUCUCCAGAACCCGUUUCGUCUAUCAACUCGACAACUGCUAUUACCGAGCCGCUAACGAACAUUGGCACACUUCUUAGCCAGGUCAAACUGAAGAAAGUACAAAACUUUCAAACUUACCGUUCCAAAAGCGAUGAGAAGCCACAACGACGUCUGCCGGAGCUACCAAGGCAAAAGACUAUAGGUGAAUUUCAAAACGUUGUAGCCGAAGUCCACUCUAAGAGAAGUCCAGCAGUGGAAGAGCCUCCUACCAAUCCAUUCAGUGAGGUUACAUUGAAAAAAGUGAAACCUCGCACGCCGCAUCUUAGUCUUGAAAAUCUUGACGAAAUCAAAGAGGAAGAUUCUAGUUGCAAGCAGGCGCACCCUAAAAUAGGGACGAAACCAUUACAUGGGCCUGAUCUCCACGCCGUACCCAAACCGAUUCUACCUCAGAAACUCAAACAAUCCACUGACAAUCAAGGUGGCGAUGGAAAGCCGAAACCAACUAGGAAAUUACCUCAAACUCCACAGGUUGAGGCUGGCAAGAGUAGACCCCCUUUGAUGAGAAAGCCUGCUAUUAGUGAAGAUUUGGAACCCAAUCCAGCCACAAACAGCAGCAUAUCUGCGCUUAAAGCCAGACUAAAUCUAGAGCAAGUAGCUGGAGGUAUAAAACGAUGAUAGGCUGCCGUGAUCCCUCAACUUUGUCUAUUUAUUGAUACUGUUAUAAGCGCAACUGAAUCGUUUUUAAUAUUUGAAACCAAUUUUGUACUAUUAAGUCAUUUGUAUACUUGUGAUUUGUAACGACACUGUACUUCGAAGAAGUUCUACUCUUAGACUGUAAGAAACUCUCAUUUCAAAACGCAAAUGACGACACUAUGAAUUAGACUGCUUACAAUCAUUAGAUACUUAGCGAUACAUAUCGAAUACAAGAAUGAAACUAGUCAAUUGAUAAGAUAUACCUAAC